AUGUAUUCGGAUAUAAGUUCUGAAUUACAACAUAUACCUACCAUAACUCACGGCGCGGAUGCAAUUGAACUUCGGGUAGAUUCACUUUCUAACAACUCGAACACAGAAUCAUUUGUAGAUUAUGUUGCAAAACAAUUUACACUAUUGAGACGUUCAUCAUCACUUCCAAUAAUAUUCACUGUCCGAUCUCAAGGGCAGGGUGGUAAAUUUCCUGAUACUCAAGAAAAAGAACUAUUCUUUCUUUUAGAACAAGCAUUAAAAUGGGGUUGUGAAUACGUUGACGUAGAGAUUUGCUGGUCUAACGAUUUAAUUUCAAACUUAAUCAAAAAUAAGGGACACACAAAAAUAAUUGCCUCUUGGCAUGAUGUUAUGGGUACUGUGAAAUGGGAUAGUGAAGAGAUUCGUCGACAUUACAGAACUUCGGAAGAAUAUGGUGAUAUCAUAAAACUAGUUUGUCGUGCAGGAUCUAUUGUAGAUAAUUUUAAAUUACAGGAGUUUAUUUGGUCAUUAAAAACACGUACAAAACCAAUAAUUGCAAUCAAUAUGGGUGUUGAAGGACAAUUAUCCCGUGUUUUAAAUGAAUUUCUUACUCCGGUAACCCAUCCUCUAUUACCUUCAAAAUCAGCUCCAGGUCAACUAUCAGUUUCCGAAAUUCACCAAGCUUUACAUUUGAUUGGCCAACUUCCAAAAAAGAAUUUUUACCUUUUUGGAACACCGAUUUCUCAUUCCGUGUCACCAGUUAUUCAUAAUACUGGAUUUGAAGUUCUCGGUUUACCACAUCAUUACGAUUUGUUUGAAAGUGAGAAUAUUGAAGAUGUUAAACCCAUUUUACAAGAUUCGCAGUUUGGAGGUGCAUCAGUAACGGUACCUCAUAAAAUUAGUAUUAUGAAAUAUCUUGAUCAUAUUUCUGAACAUGCAAAGUUAAUCGGUGCGGUAAACACUGUUAUUGUAGAAGUUGAUUCAAAUGGUAAUCGUAAACUAGUUGGUGAUAAUACAGAUUGGUUAGGAAUUUUUCAUUUAGUAAAACCUUUAGUAAGUAUCGAUUCUACAAGUUCAGGCUUGGUUAUUGGUGCGGGAGGAACAUCAAGAGCGGCAAUAUAUACACUUCAUCAGCUUGGUAUAUCAACAAUUUACGUGUACAAUCGUACACUUGCAAAAAUUACUGAUUUGGUCACUCAUUUUCCAACAUGCGGAAUUGUUCCUUUAACAUCUCUUUCACAAACAUUCUCACAAUCCCCUCAAAUAAUUAUUUCCACAAUUCCUGGAACAUCAGUUAUGGAGUUUCCGGAUGAAAUAUUUCAAUGUGAUAAAGGAGUAAUUGUUGAAAUGGCAUAUAAACCAAGAAGAACAAAUUUACUUAAAAAGGGAGAAGAAAAGGGUUGGAUUGGAAUUGAAGGAAUACAA